AUGCGACCUCUAUUUCGGAAGCUAUUAAUGCUAAUCCAUUUUGUUCUGGAUGUUUCCAUUACGAUAUGCUCACUUGGAUUUUAUUCUCCCGGAUGGCAUUUCAAUCUCGAUGACAUCUUCAAAGCUUUCCAUUUUGCUCAUUACUCCUACUGGACGUCUCCAUUGGAUUACGUAGUUCUAUGUCUUCUUCGUCAAGUUUCUCUUCUGAUUGCAAUCAUUAUCAUAAGACGCGGAAAAUCAAAGAAGCUCCGAAGUUGGAUGUUGAUUUAUGAUAUUCUUGGAAUCCUUGGGUAUAUGGUUGCCGUUGUGAAACUAUUGGCAUUUGACGAGACUGGUACAAUGAUGAGCUAUCCAGGAAUUUACAUGAGCACAGGAUCUGCAGUCUUCCUCACAUUCUCUUUGCCAUUCGCCAUUCGUUAUACAUUAUUGAUUAAAGAAACUGAAGAGGUCGGAUACGAGCGAUUGCAGAGUGAGAGCCGAGAAAACACUAAUGUGGAAAACGGAUCCACACCCGCUAACGGCACCGCUUCUGCCUCUGAAUCCAACACUGAAAACAAAGAAGAAGAUGACGCGGUCACAAAAGAAGAAAAAGAGAAACGACUUCCGUUGUCUAAACACCUUUGGCAAAUUAUGAAGUUGUGUGGAAAACAGUGGAAAUGGUUCACGGCUGCUUAUUCCCUUUUGCUCAUUGAUUGCAUUUUGAAUCUUGUGGAACCAGCUCUAUACAGUCAGAUGAUGUCAACUGCUAUACAAAUGAAAUCUUUCGAUGUUCUCAAAAGAGCUUGCCUGAUUCUUGCCAUCGUUCAAUUCUCAGAAGCCACAUGUAACACUGUCAGAUAUAUCUGUAUGCAGUACGCUGAAAGAUUGACUGCUCGAAACAUUCGAGUUGGACUGUUCAAGGCGAUUCUACACCAGGACAUUUCGUUUUUCGAUGAGAAUAAAACUGGGCAGCUCAUGUCCAGAAUCACUCACGACUCUGAAUCGAUCUCGAACUCUCUUCCAGUCUACAUUGAAACCACUACCAAUAAUCUUUUCAUGCUUUUCGGAUCUGCUCCAAUUAUGUUCUAUUGCUCAUGGCAACUCUCAGUCAGUACUUUUAUCACAUUCCCAAUCACUCUUCUCAUGACCAAAUAUUACGGAUUAAUUGUUGAGAAAUUGUCUGAAAAGGAAAAUGAUGCGACUGCCGUUUCAAACGAAACCGUCGAAGAAGUUCUAUCCGCCAUCCGAACCGUCCGAUCCUUCGCCGCCGAGAAAAUGGAAUACAUGAGAUAUACGAGAAACACGGAUGCUUGGUUCAAAAUCAGUAUCAAGAGUGUUGUUUUGGGAACUUUUUAUAACUAUUUCUGGGCGACUAUGUGGAAUAUUGAAGACGUAGUAGUCUAUCUCUACGGCGGUUAUCUCACUCUUCAAGGACGAAUGGCUCCAGAAUCUCUCCUAACCUACGUCUUCUACCAUUGGAGACUUCACGCAGCCUUGAAUGUGAGUUAUUUCUCCCUAGUCUUUCUUCAACUAGCCUUCAGUUCUCUCUUUUCCGAUGUCAUGAAGACGAUUGGAUCGUCCAGAAAAGUCAUCCAUAUCAUGAAUCGUAUCCCAGAAUUGGAUUAUGAAGUUGGAACAGAAACUCCGGAAGUCGUUGGAAACAUCAUUUUCGAAGACGUCGAAUUCGCUUACCCAACUAGGAAAACCGCAAAUGUUUUGAAUGGAAUCAACCUUUCGAUUGAGCCGGGUAAAACUGUUGCAUUGGUUGGACCGAGUGGAAAUGGAAAAUCAACACUCGUCUCUCUAAUCCAACAGUUUUAUUCCCCACAAUCUGGAAGAAUUCUUCUGGAUGGAACACCAAUUCAACAAAUCGAUCAUCAUCAUUAUCACACGAAGAUUGCUUUGGUCGCUCAAGAGCCAACUCUGUUUUCUGGAACAAUUCGGGAGAAUAUUCUAUACGGAAUUGAAGAUGGAACAGAUGAUGAUAUGAUGAGGGUGUCUGAAAUGGCAAAUGUCCAUGAGUUUGUAUCGAAAAUGGAGAAGGGAUACGAUACAAAAUGCGGUGAAAAGGGAGUUCAAAUGUCUGGAGGACAAAAACAGAGAAUCGCCAUUGCUCGGGCUCUCAUUCGGAAUCCUCGAGUAUUGAUUUUGGAUGAAGCCACAUCUGCGCUGGAUGCAGAAUCUGAAUCGAUGGUUCAGGAAGCGUUGAAUCGAUGUGCCAAAGAGAGAACUGUUCUAGUCAUCGCCCAUCGACUCUCAACUGUCCGAAGUGCCGAUCGAAUUGCCGUGAUCGAGAAGGGAAAUGUGACAGAAAUGGGAAAUCAUGAUGAUCUAAUGAAGAAUCAGGAUGGUCUCUACUACAAAUUAGUUCACAAGCAGCUGAAUUCAUUGGGGACCAAAAAAGACGAAGAGGAUGAGAAGCCAAUUGUUGAUUUCUUUUAG